AUGCCACUUUUCUGCCUCCACUGCCACCAUGGCACCUGUGGAAAAAAAAAAAAAAAACUUGUGGUGAAAGGGGACAAAAAACAGAAGCAGGUUCUGAAGUUCACCCUUGAUUGCACACACCCUGUUGAAAAUGGAAUCAUUAAUGCGGCCAAUUUUGAGCAGUUUCUUCAGGAAAGAACCAAAAUGAAUGGCAAAGCUGGGAAUCUCGGUGGUGGAGUUGUAACCAUUGAACAGAGCAAGAGCAAGAUCACUGUGACUGCUGAGGCACCUUUCUCCAAAAAGUAUUUGAAAUUUCUCAAAAAAUAUUUGAAGAAGAAUAAUUGAUGUGAUUGGUUCCAAGUAGUUGCUAACAGCAAAGAGAGCUAUGAAUUGUAUUACUUCCAGAUUGAAGAGGAAGAUGAAGAUUAG